AUGUCUUAUGGGUCUGUAGCAUCUGAUAAACGAUAUCAAUACAAUUUGAUGGAAUAUCCAACAAAGCCCAAUAUUCUACAAUUGCUGGAAGAGCAUAAUUCUUCACCACCAUCCUACUCAGCUGUCCUUGCUGAGAAGUAUUAUCAAGAGCAGAAACAGCAGAAACAGCACUUUACCAAGGCUGAGGAGUUGGAUGUUUUAUUACACUCUAUGAGAAAAUCCAUGCAAGAUACAGAACUAAUGAUACUAUCGUAUCGUCAUUGUCACCAGAGACUCGAACUGCAAAAUCAGUACCUUUUACAAAAACUUGAAGAAAGUUUGGCAUCCGCCCCAAUUGAUACAACAAUAUCAUUCGAUACAGAGUUGGAAGAGGAUUAUCAGAAAAAUGCAAGUGACAGUCUGAACCGCAUGAAUGAGUCUUUGGAGAAAUUGAUUGAGGAGGCAAAGCAUAGCUUAGACGCACGUGUUUCUUUAUAUCACAAUUCCGAUUUUUUACUAAAGAAAAGUCGUUCCUGUCCCUCUUUGCAGUCAGAAGACAAUUCUGUUGACCCUAUAGAAAUUGAUCUGCAGUUGAAACAAAAGAAGCGAUUCUUAUAUAGUCAGUGGAGACUAGCGAUUGCUAUGAGGCAAUUGACAGAAACGAUACAGCACAGCGAUCCUGAUACUAGUCAUAUUAUGCAUCAUCAUGUUCACCAUGUAUAUCACCAUCAGCGUAAAUAUAACACAGCUCAAGAAAAGCAAGAUAUCGUUAUCCAAGAAAAUGUUGAUGUGAAAAUCAUACCAUUACCUCCUAAAAAUACAAAAAUGCUUCAGAGUGCUACAUCCCUAACGUCGCUAUUUAAAUACGUUGUAGGAGAACUUAUUGCAGUUCCACAGCCAAUAACACAACAAACAAACAAACCCAAAGCCAUAACAUCCACAACUGUCAAGUAUCGAACCAUGUUUUUUUCUACCUUGUUAUUACUACUUCCUCAACGCCACGAAAACUUUUGGACCCGUCGCAGUCGUCUUUUGCAAUCGAAAUGGAAGUUACGACACGAAUACCCUCUAUGGAUACAGCGAGCUCAUUUAUUCAUGUAUAUUCUUAAGCUAAUCAUCUGA